UGACUGCAGGGUGUAGGUGCCAGGGUGCCCGUGUGGGUCACUCAGUGCGCCCGGAACCUAUCUUCGGGGCACAUGUUUCCCCCGGGACACAGAGAGCAGAGAACCCGUUUCUAUAGAAACCGCACGGCCUACCAACCAUUAGAAUCCCCGGUCUUUCCUAACCAUGGCUUUCCCAGCGCUGCUCCGAGGGCCCCGCCACCUCCUCUCCCCCGGCCGCCUGGCCCAGCUCUCCCGCCGGUGCCUCAGCUACGUGCAGGGUCAGAGCCCGGAGCCCCGGGUGCGGGAGUACUUCUAUUACAUCGACCACCAGGGGCAGCUUUUUCUAGAUGAUAUGAAAGUGAAGAAUUUCAUCACCUGCUUUAAAGAUAAACAGUUUCUGGUGUUCUUCUUCAAGCAAGUCCAGAGAAAUAAAAGUGGUCGGUACGAGGAACAUUUCCCUUACGUGUCCCCCUGCGGCAGGGAGAGGAAUUACAUCCGCUGCGACGACCGCCCGGUGGUCUUCACCCACCUCCUGGGUGACGAGCCCUCAGGAGCCCAGCAGCUGUCAUACUGUGGGGGAGGGGACAAGCUGGCGGUCAGGUUUGAGCCGGAGAAGUUAGUGAUGUUGCCAGAGAACGGGCGGGUCUACCACCCGGCCCCGGGGAAGAGCGGAGGUGUCGGACUUGUCAAGUCAUCGCUGGCGUUUGAGAUGAGUCCUUGCUUUGAAUUCGCCGGUGGAGGUAAUGCCGGUAAUCCCAUCUCUUUUCUCUGGUAUGGCAAACGUCACACACUCACCAACGAGCUGCUGCCCCUCAUCUUGCCCCAGGAGGUACCCACCUUAGCCCCACCUUAGCAUAGAAGAGCCUGCAUGUAAGAAGAAGUUGCUGAUACUGACUCUCCGGAGAUCCUUCUUCUUCAUCCUCGUUGUCCAUAACUGGAGAAACUUCCCGGACUGUGAGGAGCCAUGUUCUGCUUUCCAGCCAGAGUACAGUAAUAUUAUACUCUGUUCCCAAGAGCUUUGCUUCCGGCACAAUAUCACUUUAUUGUUCUGCUCUAUUAGAUUACACUCUGAUGGAAAAUCGUGUUAUAAAGGCCCAGAUGUAAUAGCCUUCGGUUGCUGGCGACAUUUCUGUGAUUGCAUCCUUGACAUUUAAAGUAGCAAUUUUUUUCUGAAAGAUAAAAGCAACAUGGUUCCGGCACUUCCCGUAACUCGCUGGCUAUUACAUUUGUUCCCACAUGUCCAAAAGUGCGACCGUCCCUGGUUCCACGACGAGCCGGGCUGUUUUAUUGUGCUUGUGUAAGAAGUUGCUAUUAAGCUGUGUAGCCUGUUCCUGUGGAGCCAGAAACGCGUCACAGUGAUCAUUAUACAGAGCGGAAGUUGAGGCGGAUAAUAAAUACCUAGACGUGGAUAAGGGGUCUGGUAGGGUAUGUACACACCUGGAGAGUGACGCUUGCACAUACAGUGGAUGUGAUAGGGAUUACUGCUCCUUCUGGGGCACUUUUACUUCCUGUCAUGUGCUGUGUAUGACUGCUGUAUAUUGUACCUGUUCUCCAUACGGGAUCCCUAUUAGCCUACAUUUAUAUUUAUCCACCAUUCAUCCCCCCACCUCGUGUCUGCCGCCGUCUCCUCCACACAUAGAUGUCCUCCAUUAGUGUCCUGGAUGGAGAAUGCAUUGCACGUCAGAUAGUCCUGUGCAUCGUGUGAAGGUACAGUAUGUGCGGACCUGCUGGACCUUACUGCACCCGGAAAUACAACUACAUCCUGGUUACCUUCGUGCACAGAUUGGGGAUCCCGGAUGCUGCCGGAAGCUGCUAGCUCUCCUGUGUGCAGUGUUCUAUAUAACGACACUGCCUUAUUUCUACCUGUAAUGUAAAAAUAAAAAAAUUAUAUUUAUUCCAGAA